CACUAUCAGCACCGUAACUGCUGACUCCUCAAUGCGUAAAGAUGCAGGAGUUACUUUAUUUAUCUGCUACUAUUGCCUCACUUAUUUUAAAUUUUGUAGGAAUCAUUAUGAGUCUGUUUAUUACAGUGGUCAGUUGCAAAACUUGGGUCAAAAGCCACAGAAUCUCCUCUUCUGAUAGGAUCCUGUUCAGCUUGGGCAUCACCAGGUUUCUUCUGCUGGGACUACUUCUGCUGAACACCAUCUACGUCAUGUCUUCAAAUACUGGAAGGUCAGUCUACCUGUCUGCUUUUUUUAUGUUGUGUUGGAUGUUUUUGGACUCGACCAGUGUCUGGUUUGUGACCUUGCUCAACAGCUUGUACUGUGUGAAGAUUACUAACUUCCAACACUCAGUGUUUUUCCUGCUGAAGCGGACUAUCUCCCCAAAGACUCCCAGGCUGCUGCUGGCCUCUGUGCUGAUUUCUGCUUUCACCACUUUCCUGUACAUCAUACUUAGCCAGACAUCACCUGUUCCUCAACUUGUGACUAAGAGAAAUGACACAUCAUUUAAUGUCAAUGAUGACAUCUUGUCUUUAGUGGUCUCUUUAUUCUUGAGCUCAUUUCCCCAGUUCAUCAUUAAUGUGACUUCGGCUUCCUUGCUAAUAUACUCCUUGAGGAGGCAUACACAGAAGAUGCAGAGAAAUGCCACUGGUUUCUGGAAUCCCCAGAUGGAAGCUCAUGUAGGUGCUAUGAAGCUGAUGAUCUAUUUCCUCAUCCUCUACAUCCCGUAUUCAGUUGCCACAGUGCUCCAUUAUCUCCCCUUUUAUGUAGGGAUGAGUAUGGGGGCCAAAUUCAUUUGUAUGGUUUUUGCAACCCUUUACUCUCCAGGACAUUCUGUUCUCAUUAUUAUCACACAUCCUAAACUGAAAACAACAGCUAAGAAGAUUUUUUGUUUCAAAAAAUAGUGCAAUUUCAGUAAACAAUGCCUAGAUUCACCUGAUGGUUUACGGGCAAGAUUUUCUGUUGGCAGUUUUCCCAGUAGUCUGAGGAAUUCAGUUUUGUGAUUGCUCAUCUGAUAGCCUAGGCUUUUCAGUGCCUGUAUUUCAGUUCAUUCUGUAAUUUUUUUUUGAUAUGUAGAUAUUUUAAAAUAAGACACAUUCUCUAAUAAACUUUUUUGAGGCAUUAUUUAUCAUGCAUUUUGCAUGGCCAUUGCAUCCGCAGAUAAUGGAAAUCACCACAUUGUUUUAUUGUCUAUUAAAGUAUAAUGGGAAAUUCUUCUGAAUUAGAGAAUAUAUUGGGGUGCACAUGAGUUAAUGCUUGUGGUUUAGUUGAGGAGCCCCGAGUAAGGGCUCAGCAGUGGAUAGGUGGCCACUGGGAGCCACUAGACUGACUGAAAGCAAAGGAAGGGGGUGCAGUGCAAAGAGAAAAAGAAAAAAGGAAGGUUUCAGAGAGAAAAGAAGAAAGAGAAAGGUGAGAAGAAAUAGGUGUACACUG